GGGGAGACUGGAUUUCAGGGGAUCCCCGGCCCCAGAGGUCCUCCGGGACAAGGUCUGCAGGGAGACAAGGGAGAACGAGGCUUCAGAGGGGAAAAAGGCAAAAGGGGAGACAGAGGAGAACCCGGAGAACCCGGAGCCACCGGACCUUUGGGUAGAGUGGGACAAAAGGGAGACCCUGGACUCACGAGGGAAGAAAUCAUCAAAAUAGUGAGAUCCAUAUGCAGUUGUGGAGUGACCUGCCGCCAAACCCCCUUAGAGUUGGUUUUUGUGAUCGACAGCUCGGAGAGCGUCGGCCCAGACAACUUCAACGUGAUCAAAGACUUUGUAAACGCCCUGAUCGACCGAGCCUCGGUCAGCCGCGACACCACGCGGGUCGGUGUGGUCCUCUACAGCCACAUCAACAUGGUGGUGGCCAGCCUCAGACAGGAAGCCACUCGGGAUGAGAUCAAGUCCGCCGUGCGCUCCAUGACCUACCUUGGCGAGGGGACGUUCACGGGCAGCGCCAUCCAACAGGCCAACCAGGUGUUCAAGGCGGCGCGGCCAGGUGUGAGGAAGGUGGCCAUCAUCAUCACGGACGGGCAGGCGGACAAGAGAGACACGGUCAGUCUGGAGAGGGCCGUGUCCGAGGCUCAGGGGAGUAACAUCGAGAUGUUUGUGAUCGGCGUGGUGAACGAGAGCGAUCCACUGUACGAGGAGUUCAAGAAGGAGCUCAGUCUCAUGGCGUCUGACCCCGACAGCGAGCACGUGUACCUGAUCGCUGAAUUCAAAACACUUCCAGCUCUGGAGAGAAAACUGCUGAGUCAAAUCUGUGAGGACGGAGAGAGACAUUUGUUCAGCUCCAGACUCCCCGAGGUCUCGGGUAACAUUCGAGAACCUCCGUACAGGACCGGUACCGACACGCCAACCUUCACUGGAGACAUCAGGAGGGUUCAGACGGUG